AUGCCUGCUGCUAUCCCCCCAAUCACUGGCAUGCUCCGCCGAGGUCUGGUCCUUGACCUUUCCACCGCUUUCGGUUUCGGAACCACCUUCGGUUACCUCUGGUGGUACGGCUUCCACCUCCCCCGCGUCCGUGAGCGUGAUACCUACUACGCCCGCCUGGAGGCCGAGCGCGCCGCUCAGAGCUCCUAA